CAAAAUCAAUGACCUCCUCCAUGGAUUCCCUUCCUCAUGUCUUCCUCGUCAGCUUCCCUGGCCAAGGCCACAUAAAUCCCAUGCUCCGUCUUGGAAAAAUACUCGCUGCCUCCGGCCUUCUCGUCACCUUCUCCACCACUGCUUAUCUCGGCCAGGACAUGAAGAAGGCUGGCAGCAUCUCUGACACCCCGACCCCUCUCGGCCGUGGCUUCCUCCGCUUUGAAUUCUUUGACGAUGGCCGCAUCCACGAUGAUUCUGCCCGCUCCACCACUCCCCUCUCAUUUGACCAAUACAUGCCGCAACUCCAACGUGUAGGUUCGAUUUCCUUAUUGCAUAUCUUGAAAAACCAAACUAAAGAAAACCGACCACCCGUCUCCUGUGUUAUUGGAAACCCUUUUGUGCCUUGGGUGUGUGACGUGGCCGAUGAACUCGGGAUUGCCUCCGCUGUGUUUUGGGUCCAAUCAUGUGCCGUUUUCUCAAUUUAUUACCACCAUUUUAAUGGCUCAAUCCCUUUCCCAUCUGAAACCCAACCAGAUGUUGAGGUUAAAAUUCCUUCUUUGCCUCUUUUAAAGCACGAUGAAAUCCCAAGCUUCUUGCUUCCUGACAAGCCUCUUCAUGUCAUUGGGAAAGCCAUUUUGGGGCAGUUUUGGAACCUCUCAAAGCCCUUUUGUAUAUUAAUCGAUACAUUUGAAGAGCUGGAGAGCGAGAUCGUUGACUUCAUGUCGAAAAAGUUCCCGAUAAAGACAGUGGGGCCGUUGUUCAAGCAUUGUGGUGAAAUUAAAACGAAAAUUUCAGGAGAUUGCUUGAAAAUUGAUGAUUGUAUGGAGUGGCUAGACUCAAAGCCAAAAGGGUCAGUAAUUUAUGUGUCGUUUGGGAGUGUGGUGUAUUUGAAACAAGAACAAGUUGAUGAGAUUGCUUAUGGACUUGUAGAUUCUGGCUUCUACUUCUUGUGGGUCUUGAAACCACCUGCUUCAAGUUUCGGGGUCAAGCGCCAUAUUCUUCCUAAUCAGAUCAUGGAAGAGGCCAGCAAAAGAGGGAAGAUUGUUCAAUGGAGUCCACAAGAACAAAUACUCUCACACCCAUCGGUGGGAUGUUUCAUGACACAUUGUGGGUGGAACUCCACGGUGGAGGCGAUCAGCUCUGGGGUGCCAAUGGUGGCGUUUCCGCAGUGGGGUGAUCAGCUCACAAAUGCCAAGUUUCUUGUCGAUGUCUUAGGCGUCGGCAUCCGCUUGCCACAUGGCGGCACACCAGAAGACAAGCUAAUCAAAAGAGAUGAAAUCAAGAAGUGCCUUAAAGAAUCCAUGGAAGGACCGAAGGCGGUGCAGAUAAGACAGAAUGCUUUGGAGAGGAAAAUAGCGGCGGAGAAGGCGGUGGCCGACGGUGGAUCUUCAGACAGAAAUAUCAAAUACUUUAUUGAUGAGAUAGGGAAACGUUCUCUUGUUUGUGGUAGUAAUCUCCAAGUUUAACUUGUUCUUCUACUAUACUUAGAAACUUACAAACUUUCUUUCAUCAUAUCAUCAUCUGUUUUUUUGUUUGUUCUU